CGCUGCUGCUGCUGCUCUCCCCCCCAUCUCUCCGCCUAUCCGCCCGCAAAUCCGUGGGUUGUCUCCGUGGCCCUCGUAGACGGCUGUAGACCUCGACUGGUUCAGGGCGGCCACCGGCUGGCUUCAAAGCGAGGUCGUACUUAAACAAGCUUAAAGAUCUACCUGCCGUGUAAGUGCUGAAUUGCUAGCUGAGGAAAUUUGCGUGAAAAAGCAGACAUCAUGGAAACAGUUGAAAACGAGAACUAUAAACCGCCCCACGCCAACGAGGAUGGCCUCGAGAGGGACGAAGCGGUCACCGAAAAGCUGGUGGCCCAAGGGGAUGGCACCAAGAUCACCUUCACCAACAGCAAGGCUGAUGGAAAGGACCGAAAUGGCGAUGCCAAGAUUGACAUUCAAGGUGUUGAGAGCCAGUUUGUAGGCCUGAGCAAGGAGGAGCUCAUGAAGUACGCCAACGACCCGUUCUGGGUGCGGCUGCGCAUGACCAUGUUUGUGCUCUUCUGGGUCCUCUGGCUGGCCAUGCUGGUGGGUGCCGUCGCCAUCAUUGUGCUGACACCGCGGUGUGCUCCACCACCACGCUUGGCGUGGUGGCAGAGCUCGCCUGUCUACAAUGUGGAAGUGGGCUCCUAUGCCGAUGACGACAAUGAUGGUCGCGGAGAUAUCGCGGGACUGACAUCCAAGCUGAAGCACAUCAAAGAACUUGGAAUGGGCACUCUGCUGCUGAGUGAUAUAUUUUCCAAGGAUGCAACUGGGGCCACAAAGGACUACCUGGCUGUGGACCCAAGCCUCGGCUCAUUAACCGACGUGGAAGCUUUGCUCAAUUCUACCAAGGAGAAAGAACUCCAUGUGGUCUUGGAGAUCAACCCUGCCUACACCAGCAGAGACCACCAGUGGUUCCAAGACAGCAGUGAGGGCAAGGAGGGAUUCCAGGACAUUUUCAUUUGGGAGCAGGGCGAAGAGGCUGCGCCACCAGAAGGCGUGAUGGCGUCUGGCGAUUCCGCGUGGACCUUUGACGCUGGCCGGAAGAUGUUCUACCUGCAUCAGACUUCCUCUGACACAGCCGAUGUCAACUGGAAAAGCCCCAAGACUCUAGAGCUUUUCACCGGUGUGCUACGCUUCUGGCUUGAACGAGGUGUGAGUGGUUUCCUGGUGACCCACACUUACCUGGACCACCCCUCUACGACCAAACAAGCCACCCUCGCCACGGAACAAGAUGUGCUGAGCAUGCUGAAGGAAUGGCGGCAGGUUCUCGGCAACUACUCCAGCGCCCACGAGACUGAGCACAGGGUGCUUGGUGUCCAAGUGGACAAAACAGCAUCUGAAGCCUCGCCGUUGUAUGGAUCGGCCGAUGAGCCCGCAGCCGAUCUGGUGCUGAGCAAGCCUUUCGAGCGGCUUGUCGACAAGUCCAACGCCACCAGUCUCCGAGUGUUUGUGCAGGGAGCCCUGGAUGCGACGCCAGAGGGCAUGUGGCCAUCAUUUGUGCUGGGCAGUUUCAGUUCUGCCCGCCUCGUGGAGCGUGCCGGCGUGCUUCUGGAUGGCCUGCACAUGGUGGCGGCCCUGGUGCAAGGCACGCCUGUCUUCUACAACGGCGAUGAAGUUGGACAAGAAUGCAGCGCAAAACCGUGUCCGAUGCCAUGGUCUGAGGAAGCAGCAGCCACUCCUGGCAUCAGUGUGGAGGCGCAGACGGGCAACAGCUCGCACCUGGAAGUGGUGCGUCAUUCGACCGCGCUGCGGGACAAGCUUGCGGUCAGGCUGGGCAGCACAGUGACAUCUGUGCUGGGUGCCAACAGCACGGUGUUUGUCAUGCUCAGAGUGCGCAAGGGCACGCCGGGCUACAUGGCUGUGGUCAACGGAGACCACGAGAAGGUGACAGUGAACCUUGCUGAUGCAAGCAGUCACGUGCCCGAAUCCGGGCACAUAGAAGUGAGGAGCACCAAUUCUAACAAAGUGGUGCAGUCCAAGGUCAAGCUCAACGAGUUCAUCUUGGAGCCGCACGAAGCUGUCAUUCUGCAGUUUGUGCCGAUAUUUGAGUAAAGCGAGUAGCUCACUGCUCAUCUGUGAGACUCGCCUCAAAUAUCUAAUGUUAUGACAUAAUAAUCGGCUAACACCUGGGAUUGCACAGUCUGCUGGUCUCUAAAUAGUUGGAUUGCUAUGAUAAUUAGGGUCCAUCAAGGUUCCUUCUUUUUUUUAGAUGUCUGCAUUCUAAUUGGGAUGUUUAAAGCUAAGUUUGGCUUUGAUUAGAUUGCUUAUGUUUGUUUCUUAAAACAUUUACAUGUUUUGUUUUGAAAUGUGAAGGUUUCAUUAAAUGACUCGCCUAUCCGAGGGUACCAACUUUGUGAAAGUAUGGCUUUCUGGAUUGAUGAUCGGUUGUUUCAAAUAUCGUCUGUAUUCUGAGUGUUUGAACUCGCUAGAAUCUUGAGCUGUUGUUACAUCUUUGGGCACGUCUUGUUAAAGUAAGCAGGUCACUAAACAUUGGAGCUCUCACUUUCAGUGGGGAAUGUUCACAAGAAAUUUGGUACACUGUCUGAAGGCACUGAUAGUGUCGUUUGGGUGGGAUGGAACAGUGUUCACAUUCCUGAAAUAUUGGUAUGAUUGCCAGUGAGAAAAGACUGCAAAAAUAAUAAUUAUAUUAUAUAAUAACUUUCGCAUUCAGUGCGGUAUUGCUUAUCACUCCUGUGUUCAGCCCCUGUCCUCCCCCCCUUUUUGUACCUUUUUGAAUAUCUUGCUGCAAAAAUGUGCAAUUUCUUUAUCACAUUGCUGUACUUCUAUCUACUUAUUUAUGGGGCCCAUAUGUCGGCCACAACAUUUUGGACAUUAUGAGCUGGGAGAUACGUAUGUUGACACAGGUUUGUAAGAAAAAUGUGCACAACAUUGGAUAUUACUUGAACAUAAGGACCCGGAGGAGAAUUUGGACAGAAUUAUAACUUAUGCAAUGAUGAACAAAUUUUGUAAUCUGGCAUCCUGUCCUUGUUUAGUAAUCCAUGCAUCUUGAAACCACUUGUGACCUGCCAGUCUGUGCUCCUAGUGUGUCAAAUGUGCCUAGCACAUUUGUGUAUGAAAGCAAGAAUAAACUUGAUUGCAGCAUUA